AAAGAGAGAGAGUGAGAGAGAGAAAAAGGAAGAAAGCGAGAGAGAGAUAGAGCGAACGUGCGAGAGAGAGGAGUUCCAUUAUCUGGCGGUGUGAGCAACAACAGACUCUAAAGAUGCCGCAAGGAUUCCUGAGGGUUAAGCUGAUGGUCGUCGAGCCGGCGGGCAUGUUCCGCGAUCCUUUCUGCGCAGUCAACGUCAAGGAGACGAUCGAAAUCUCAGGUCACGGUCCACAGCUGGUGCAGAAGAAAAGAACGAUAUUUCCGGGCUGGAACGCAUGCUUCGACGCGCACACGUACGAUGGUCGAGUCAUCAACAUCGUCGUCAUGGACCGCUCCUCUUCCCAUACACCCGCAAAGCAG